AUGCUUGCGGCAAUCAGGAAAUGGUUCAGCAAUAAGGGAUCAAGAGAGCGCACCAAAGUGCUACAGUGGAACAACGUCAUCCUGAACAACUCCAACGACUAUGAAGAAUCACCUGAUAUGCCCAACUCCCACUUGUGCAUCAAGGAGGAUGUGCUGGACAUGUGCGUCGGGCAGUUGUGGAAGGAGAGGAGGGUUGCGCUCACAGCUCAAUUCAUCGCCUUCACGUUUCCCGGGGGCGAAAAGCAGGCAGACAACAUUCCGCUGCAUGAGAUCGCGCUGGUGUCGAGGUGUAAGCCAGAGGACCUUCCGCAAGAUGACGACAUCCAUCAUAGGAAAGAGAUCGAGUACUACGACACCAACUCCCGCAAGAUCAAGAGGAGCCUGUCACUGCCAGGCACGGAGCACCUGCUCCGCGCCGAGUUCAAGGUCACCACGAUCGAGGAGGGAUUCAACUCGGGCAGGACGUACGUGUUCCGGGCGAAGACGGAGGCAGACUGUGAGGACUGGAUCGUGAUGGUGUCAAACGCAAAGACGGCAGCAACUAUCAAAUGGGUGAAGGCAAACAGGUUUAUGAGGAUAAAAAAGAAGACAUCGCGUAUCUACAAGUCUUCGCAGUUCCAGAUGAUGAUGAUCUUUGUUAUCGUCGCCAACUUCGCUUUCACUGUGGCCGAGCUCCAGAUCCUUGCGGAGCCGGGCACGAGCAAAGCACAAAUCUUCGUGAACGCCGAUGUGGCCUUCACCGUCAUAUACACCGUCGAGCUCGGGAUCAACAUGUAUGCUCACUGGUUCAAAGAGUUUUGGGGCAGCUCCUGGAACAAGUUCGACGCUGGCAUCGUUGCGAUAUCUCUCGCUUCCCUAGGAAAUCUGCAAGGGGACUUUGUGAAAGCUCUCAGGCUAAUGCGAUGCCUGCGAGGGCUGAGGCUGAUGGGGAGGCUGUCCUCCAUGCGGCAACUGGUGAAUGCCCUUGGCUGGUCGUUGAAACCAGUGGGAAGCGCGUUGGCUAUCAUGAUACUUGUGAUCGCAAUCUAUGCGGUCUUUGCUGUCAACUUGUACAAGGACAUCGACGCCGAUCAUUUCGGAGAUUUCUAUCGGUCCUUCAAUGUUCUGACUUAUCCUUGUCUCAUCGCGUACAGCAUCACAAUGAUACAGAUUGCCACACUGGACGGCUGGAUCGCGGUAGCAGAAGGCGUCUCAAAGUCCAACGAGCUCGACGCGGUGGCAGCGAUAUUCUUCGUCCCCUUCAUCAUCAUCAUCACGUUCACGCUCCUUCCUACUAUCACAGCUGUUCUCGUCGACAACUUGUCACGAGCAACCAAACUGGAGUCAGAGAUGCAAGCUAAGCGGAUCAUCGAGGAGCAGAACGCCCGGCACGACACCAGGACGCUGGACCCUCUUAUGACCUCUCUCAUGAACUCCGCAAGCACGCAGGAGCUCAAUCUCCGUCUCCGCUCGCUCUUCAAGAGGCAAGCGCGCUGCUCUUCCUCCCUUCUCCAUGACCAGGAGGUCUAUGAGGGGUUGAAGAAACUUCCCUUCUCUCCGCACAUCAAGCUCUCGGUGGACGAGUACGAGCGGCUGACUGAGAACGGACUCAACUGCAACGAGAGCAACGAGCUCGAGAUCGAGGGCUUCUGCUCCGGCAUGAAGCACCUCCUCAAGAGCUUUGCUCAAAGAAGUCUCGGCCACGCGAUCCCCUGCACCUUCAGUCUCGACGAGAACCUCGGCAUGACCAUGUUAUCCCUCAAGCUUCUGCUGGAGGACAACACAGAGCUGCACGGGCGGCUGGACAAGCAGGAGAAGCUGACGAUGAGCAUCCUCGCCAAGCUCGAGGGUAUCGAUGCGUCGCUCAAGGCGAUGGGGAGGAGGCGAUCGUCACCCAGCAGCCCGAUCAGCGCGGACGAAGUCGGGGAGACUGAGAAGGGCAAGAAGUGGGCAGAGAAGGAGAAAGGAGGGAGGGAGAACGGGUCCUACUCAAAGACCAACGGGCACGGGAAGGGUAUCGAGCUGUACUCCAGCUGCGCGUCAAAGCAUCACAAGAUGCGGAACCUCUGCCACACCUCCGACGUCACCCUCGUUUCCGCCUUCAGCCAGCAGAACGGAAACUCUUUCACUGAGGUCUCUAAGCGGAGUUGA